GGUAGACAGUGAUGCAUCAACUCCGAAAUUCUCAAACUAUAAAGGAAUUAUCCAAGUCAGGUUAUGAUUAGGUGUUAGUAUCAAUUCACCUCCCAUCUUGAGAACUAGAUUUUGAAGAUCUGAACUUCAUAGUGAUUCACGCCGUCCCAAGGGAUGUGGUAUCUGGAACCAAGUAGGUGGUGAUAUUGUUCUUUUCAGAAACUCCCACUAAUAUUACAAGACUCAAUUCCACACAAUUGAUCCCAAAACCAACAGUCAGAUCUGUUCUAAAUGUCAGCUUCUGCAAACCCCAAUGCACGCGGAAAGAAUCGUCUAGCUCCAGCAGCCGGCGGCCCCAUCACCCUUCAAGUAGGAGAACGACGAUUUGUCACUACUAUGAAUACGAUGACAGGCGAGAGCCCUUUCUUCGCGGCACUAUUGUCAGGGCGCUGGGAUAGUAAUGAGCAAGCAGAUGGCUCUUAUUUCAUCGAUGCGGAUCCCGAUCUUUUCGAACAUAUUCUACGUUAUCUUCGACGCAGUGUGCUUCCUAUUUUCUACGAUCCCAUAAAAGGCCACGACCAUGCCCUAUAUCUCGCACUUUUGGGAGAGGCAAGAUACUUCCAGAUUACACGGCUGGAGAACUAUUUAAAGAACGAGAUAUAUCUUUCUGCAGUAAAGACCUGCAGUUCUGUAGAGGAGUUGGAGGGUUUUUGGUCGGAGACUCAAAGUACGGAUGAGAGUGUAGAAUAUUAUCCGCGCUGGGAUACCAAGAAGGUGUAUAUAUGUCCGCGGGGGAUUGGAGUCCACAGAGGUAACUCAAGUGCGUGCGGAAGACAGUGUGAAAGUGUACGCGGUGAUUCAGAGUAUAUAUAUGAAGAUGAGCCAGUCUUGAAGACGUUGGUGAUUCGAAAGCAACUUGUUGUCGAUCAGACUGCUUGUAUGGAGGGGUUGGAUGAAGAAUAAUUAGGCCAAAAAGAACAAGGAAUGGAAGCAGAACUGCCACGAUUGGACUGCUCAAUGUCUAGAUAAUCA